AAAGCAAGUUUCUGUCCCUAUCCCAUAUUAGGACCAACGCCAACGAUUGGAACUUUUCAUCUUAGUUUUCAUGGUUUUUAUUAAAUAUAGGGAAAAUAGAGAUGGAAAAAUUCAUUGAGACUCAUCUUAAACUGUUAGAUCUAGAAAGAGAAACUGAAAUAGAAGAAACAAGAAUUUUGACAGAAAAGUUACCACCAAAGGAAUUACAAAGAAGGGGUGUUUGUCUGUUAAAGCUUAGAAUCAGUGGACGUAAAACAGGAUUGUAUGGGAGAACUAUCUUGUCUUUUGAGGCUUCUGGUGGUAUAAAGGAAUUUCCAUCCCAUAAUAUUACUUCAGGUGAUAUAGUAGGAUUGUGUCCGUCAUCAAGUGAUCAACAGACAGACAGUUCCGGGUCUGGAAUCAUCACAAGAGUUAGUCAGACUGAGAUCAAUGUGGCAUUUGAUGACAGCCAGGACUUGUUCUCAUUGGACGAUGAUUCUCUGUACAAGCUGACCAAAUUGGCCAAUGAUGUCACAUAUAAAAGAAUCAAAAAUGCUUUGAACCGACUAAGUCAAGGUCAUUCUCAGCCAUGCAGCCACCUAGCAUCUGUCUUAUUCCAGGAAUCAGAAUUGUCCUCUCCUUUAGAAAGCAAAGAGAUAUAUUAUAUAAAUAGUAACUUAGAUGAAUCUCAGAAAGAGGCUGUUAGAUUUGCUUUGGGUCAGCCAGAGAUUGCUGUCGUCCACGGACCUCCAGGUACUGGCAAAACUACAACUAUCAUAGAAAUCAUAAUCCAGGCAGUCAAACAGGGUAAAAAGAUUUUAGCCUGUGCUCCUUCCAACAUAGCAGUAGAUAACUUAGUAGAAAGAUUAGCAGCUAAUAAACAGAAGAUUGUUAGACUUGGUCACCCUGCCAGAGUAUUGAAACAUAUUCAGAAGUAUUCCCUGGACGCCAUAUUAUCUACCAGCGAUGAUACAAGACUGGUUGAGGAUGUCAGAAGUGAUAUGGAUAAAGCCAUGUCCAAACUAAAGAAAACUAGAGACAAAGGUGAGAGACAGAGGUUAAGACAAGAUAUGAAAUCUCUUAGAAAAGAACUAGUCCAGAGAGAGCAGACGGCCAUUAAACAAAUCCUGAAGAAAGCUGAUGUUGUCUUAGCAACCAUGACUGGAGCGUCUGCUGAUGGGCCACUGAAGCUGUUAGAUGAUAAACACUUUGACCUUGGAGUCAUUGACGAAUGUUCACAGGCAAUAGAAGCAGCCUGUUGGAUUCCACUGUUGAAAGUACCCCGAUGUAUACUGGCUGGUGACCAUCUACAGUUACCUCCUACUAUACUGAGUAAAGAGGCUGCUAAGAGUGGAUUGGAGAUGACCUUGAUGGAACGUGUCCUUGGUCUCUAUGACAACCAGAUAAUGAGGAUGUUGACAACACAAUACAGAAUGAAUCAGGUCAUCAUGCAGUGGUCAUCAGAUCAGUUAUAUGAUGGUAAACUGGUGGCUCACCCUUCAGUCUCAGAUCAUCUGCUAAGAGACAUCCCAGGUAUAACAGAUAAUGAGGAAACAUCCGAGCCUCUGUUACUGAUUGAUACAGCAGGAUGUGAAAUGUAUGAAUUAGAUCUACCAGAAGAAAUAUCUAAGGGAAAUGAAGGUGAAGCUGAUAUUGUGGCUACUCAUGUUGAAAAACUAAUAUCUUAUGGACUGAAGCAGGAUGAUAUAGCAGUUAUUGCCCCUUACAAUUUACAAGUUGAGCUUUUGAGACUGAGAUUAUCUUCUAAUUACCCCAAAGUAGAGGUUAAAUCAGUGGAUGGAUUCCAGGGUAGAGAAAAGGAAGCAGUAGUUAUAUCUCUUGUUAGAAGUAAUCCUAAAGGUGAGGUUGGAUUCCUUGCAGAGAAGAGGAGAAUUAAUGUAGCCAUUACCCGAGCCAGGAGACAUCUAAUGGUAGUAUGUGAUAGUGAGACAGUCGGACAUGACAAGUUCCUUAAGUCUCUAGUGGAGUAUAUGACUUGUAAUGGAGAAGUACAGACGGCACAUCAGUAUAUAGAAGAGGGAGUAGUCAAUGCCAAACUAUUAAGACCUGAUCAUUUGAGUGACCUCCUGUCUGUGAAGAUAACCAGUCAGAAAGGUCAGAAAGACCAAGGGGCAAAACCAAAACAGAAACAGAAACCAAAACAGAAUGAGAAACCAGCACCUAGAGGUCAACUGAAAGGUCAUGGAGAUAAUGAAGUGUCAAAAAGAACUGUUGAGAGGGAUGAGGCCAUUUUAUUGAAGAAAACCCAGGAAUAUCAGGAACAUUUAGACAAGUUUGUGAACGAUCCAAAUCAAGAAAUAAUGGAGUUUCCUGCAUCAUUAAACUCGUAUGAUCGACUUAUAAUACACGAGUUGUCAGAGAAAUUAGGACUUGUUCAUGUCAGCAGGGGUAUUGACAAAGAGAGACAUCUUGUUGUUUCAAAACCAGGCAUAAAAUUUGUUGAGGAAAAAGAUUUAUCUGAAAAACAACAAACUAAGGAACAGGAAGAAAUACUAACCUCAACCCAUCUUAGUGAAAUUAAAUCACAAAGGGAAUCAACUCCUACUAAUAAUGAUAAGUUAAUAUGUCAGCAUUGUAGUAAGGAUGUCAUCAGAGCUAAUUAUAGCCUUCAUGAAAUCCAUUGUGCUAGAAGUCAGAAAGAGGCUACACAAUCUGCUAGUAGUGUUAAAAAUAGAAAAGAAAGUGCUAAAAAUAGACCUGAAAAUCAAAAGAAGCCACCAACCUCAACAAAAAAUAUGAAGACAAAUGCUGAGAAAGAAGUGAUUGCUAAAUUACAAAAUGUUGAUCCAGAUGACUUUGAUGCACUCAUUGCCUCAACAAAGGAACUCGAUAGUAAAUGUAACUUUACCAAAUGUAAGGUUAAGACCUUGACCUUGGGUCAUACAUGUGAAUUCUGUCAGAGACGAUUCUGUCUGAAUCAUUCCAUGGCAGAGGUUCAUGGGUGUGGCGAUGCUGUAAGAGCACAUGCGAGAGCUACCAUUAUCAAAGAAGGGGUGUUAUACAGGGGCAGUGGUGUACCAAGUAAAUUGCCAGACGCUAAACAGAAAGCAUUAUUACAAAAGAAGAUGGACAAGAAGCGAUCAGAAAUGGAAGCUGAUCGACAAAAAAAGAAAAAAUCAAAAUAAUGUUUGCUGUGAUAAUAAAUUAUUUGUGUUUCA